AUGAGAGUCCUACCCGCCCUCUUCUUCAUCUCCACCUUGACGCCGGUCGCUCGUACAUUCGAGUUUACCGCGCCCGAUACCACCAAACCAAUCAACUUCUCUGAGCCUGUCGUAUUUGAAUGGCCAAUUGUUGGAGGAAACCCCCUGCAACCCUGGCUUCAGCUUAUAUUCGCUACGGGCGACUCCUCCGGGUCGGGUCGGUGGGGGAUCAACUUCGAACGACUCGACACCAGAAACACUAGUACGUGGACAUGGGACGCCCCUGAAUGGAUAGCGAAUGUGACCGCGGACGGCUUCGAGCAGCUUCUUGUUAAGGGCAAGAACAACUGGUUCGAAGCAUCUCUUUCGAGGCUCCCAUACUCCAACCAGAGCUGGAGCUCAAAUCUGGUGGCGACGGAUAAAUUCGAGGUUGAGGGAUAUCCCUAUCUCAGAGAUCCUUAUUCUGGAGCAGGAGUGACCACGCCUUCGCUGAGUCUUGCGCUUGCAGCAGGAGCCAUGACCCUGAUUUUCGGCCUGACAUCAUGA